UUCCCUUCGAGUCUCGCGAGAAAACCAGCGGUUUCACUAUCGUGUUUACACUAAUUAAACCCAUUACCCUGAUAAUCCGAACCGAGCCGAUCCGGAUUAACUCGGGUGGGAGGUCCCGUAGUCGAUUUUGCCCAUAUAUCCUAAAAAAAAUCACCUCAUAUUAUUCCAAUUAAUUCAGUUUUUAUUAUCAAUUGAUGUAAAUUUCCAUUUAUCGUAUUUUUGAGGUACAAAAAUAUAUUUUUUUAACUUUAAAGACCUUCUUCUGUGGUGGGGCCUGAUUGGGGUUCCCCUUUCCGCCCCCAUGUGUCUGGGGUCACCGCGCUCAGUGGGUGGGGCGCCGGCCUGAGGGGUUAGGAAAGUCCGGGGAUUUGCGGCCUAGGUAAUUACAAGGCCUUAGAAGAGAAGACGGAUCACUGAGGCGGGAAAGGCCCCCCAAGAUCGGGUGACUAAGACUCCGAGGGUGACAGGCUCCUUCCUGUCCAGCAAUGUAGCAAUGGGAGCCAAUGAGCAUGACAAUAUAUUGGAGAUGAUGGAAGAGUUGCAUAGCCUGGACCCACGGCGCCAGGAGUUGUUAGAAGCAAGAUUCACAGGAGUGGGUGUUGCCAAGGGCCCUAUUUCCUCUGAGGAGGAGGAUAUCUCGGUAGCUUCUGAGGGUGAAAUCUCAGAUUCGGACAUUGAAACUCCAGAGAAGAAGCAGAAUGAACAGAGGAAUCGUAAGAGGAAAGCAGAACCAUAUGAAACUAGUCAAGGGAAAAACACUCCUAGAGGACAUAAAAUUAGUGAUUAUUUUGAGUUUGCUGGGGGAAGUGGUCCGGGGACAAGUCCUGGCAGAAGUGUGCCACCAGUCGCCCGAUCCUCACCGCAACAUUCCUUAUCAAAUCCCUUACCUUUACCGAGUCAACAAAACAGUCCACCUUCCACUGUACCAUUUAGCCUAGAUCAUUCCUGUGUUUCCUUGAAAUCUAUAUCCGUCCAGCACAGACACGCACAGGAGAUGAACACUAAUAUUCAGAGCAGAGUCGACACCUUCUCUAAAGAGUUAGAAACUGCAAAAAUUAAAAAACUACAGAGGGACCUUGAGGAUUUUAAAUCCGACAAAGUCUAUUCAUAUAAAAAGAACUCUGUAAACAACUCUGUGCCCAACAGAGAAAAAGAGCAAAGCAAUAGUUUAACUCCUAAUUCAGAUUUGACGGGCUCAAACAAGGACCCCACACCUGAGACGAAAAGAGAUAAUACCAAUGCUGCCACCCAUAAUCUGUCCUAUAAGGAAAAACAGGCUUUAAAGUCACUUCAAGACAACACCAGUAUUGUCAUUAAAAAUGCAGACAAGGGUGGUAGCAUUGUUAUUCAAGAUAAAGAGGCAUAUUUUGCUGAAGCCCUCAAACAGCUUAAUGAUACUGAGUUAAACCAAUCCAUUUUUCCUCACAGACAGCAGGAAAGAAUAAACUCCCAAAGGGAAGAGAUUGAACGACAAAGAAAGAUGCUGGCCAAGAGGAAACCACCUGCUAUGGGGCAGACACUGCCAGCUAACAAUGAACAGAAACCCCGCAAAAACAAGACAAACGGUGCAGAGAAUGAAGCGUUAACUUUAGCGGAGUACCAUGAACAAGAGGAGAUUUUCAAACUUCGCCUUGGACAUCUUAAAAAAGAAGAAGCUGAAAUCCAAGCAGAACUUGAACGUCUUGAGAGAGUCAGGAAUUUGCACAUUAGAGAACUAAAAAGAAUACAUAAUGAAGAUAACUCACAAUUUAAAGACCAUCCAACGCUAAAUGAUCGUUAUCUGUUGCUGCAUCUUUUGGGUAGAGGUGGCUUUAGUGAAGUAUAUAAGUGCUGUACCAUCAAUGCUAGUGAAGCAGAAAAUGUGUGCCCUGUGAGUCGGAUUCCCUCUGCCUUCACAGGGGAGAGAUUAGAGACCUCUGAGCCUUCCGCCCCUGAGGAUUGUGUGUUCCGUGAGGCGCGUUCCCUAGAUAUUUCUGUUUCUUCACAGGCAGUUGUCCCAAAUACCGUUACCACUUCUCCUGAAGGAGGUUUAUUUUCACUAGAGGUUGCAGCUCGGUUGCGCAUGGCCGUAUUCUUGGUGUUGGCGCAUUUACAGCUUGAGGGCCAGCUAAGAGCUUAUUCCAGUCCUCUUAACCUGGGGGUGCCAAGUGUGCUGGGUAUUUACUCUGGGGAAGCGGUUCCCUCUGAGGCUUCAGGGAUAGUGUUUAUCACUUUUUUCUCGAAUGCCAUUACAUUUUUUUUUUCUGUUAUUGCUGACACUCAUGUUAUAUUUUCAGGUAAUAUACUUUUGGUUAAUGGUACUGCUUGUGGGGAGAUCAAAAUUACUGAUUUUGGGCUUUCCAAAAUAAUGGAUGAUGACAGCUAUAACUCAGUUGAUGGAAUGGAGCUCACAUCUCAAGGAGCUGGCACAUACUGGUAUCUGCCUCCUGAGUGUUUUGUUGUUGGGAAAGAACCUCCCAAAAUCUCAAACAAGGUGGAUGUCUGGUCUGUAGGUGUCAUUUUCUACCAGUGUCUGUAUGGAAGAAAGCCCUUUGGCCACAACCAAUCUCAGCAAGAUAUCUUACAAGAAAACACUAUCUUGAAAGCUACUGAGGUUCAGUUUCCUCCGAAGCCAGUUAUUACACCAGAAGCCAAGGCAUUUAUCAGGCGAUGCCUCGCAUACAGAAAGGAGGAUCGGAUAGAUGUCCAGCAGCUGGCUUCUGACCCUUAUUUACUGCCACAUAUCCGAAAGUCUGUUUCCACAACUACUCCUGCUAGUGCUGCAGUAGCCUCAACUUCUGGUUCAUCCAACAAUAGUUUGUCAAACUGAACACAGGGUGUAGAGACGUGAAAAAAUGAGAAUGCAGAGCACCUUUGAGGCUCUAGGAACAGCCACUCGGCUCCUGCCAGAAUACUGUGUGUUGCACCAAAAAGAUCCCUUGCUGGCCAUUUAGAGCCACAGACAGCUGAAUAUGGAGUCGAAUGAGCCACAACCCUUAGAUGGACCUCUAAAACCUAUACCACACAGCGCUUACGGAAUAGGAAGGCAGAAAAAGGGGUGCACAAUAGACUGAUUAAUAAGCUGGACCUAAAUGCAGAGCAAGGUCUCCCCUGCUUAUGCCUAAACACUCCUGAUUUUUUUCAUUAGAUUCAGAUUGCCACCUUCCUAUUUAGAGAGAGCAUUUUUUUCAGGAGUGGACUCAUAGACUGGGCUAGUCCUUUUGUUAAUAUUUAAAUCUGUUCUGUUUUCCCCUUUAUUUUGGUAAAAACUUGAGUACAAAUUUCAAUAUGGGUAAACGGAUAUCUUUCAAGAACCCCUUCUUAUAAUAAAUAAGCAGCCAAAAGGCUCAUCCGAAAAGUGAAAUUAUUUUGUUACCUGUUCUUUUAAUAAUGGUUGGCAGAUAAGAUCAUAGUUACUAUUAAAGUGAAAUCCAUAUUAUCAGUCUUCAAACCAAAAAUGCUUAUUAAUGGUUUAAAGGAACAUUAAACUCACAUUUUUUUCUUUCAAUAUUCAGAUAGAGAAUACAAUUUUAAACAUUCAAAUUUACUUCUGUUAUUUAAUUAGCUUCAUUCUUUAGAUAUCCUUUGUUGAAUCAAUAGCAAUGCACAUGGGUUAGGCAAUCAUACGAGACAUCUAUGUGCAGCCACCAAUCAGCAGCUUAUAAGCCUAUCUAGAUAUGCUUUUCAGCAAAGAAUAUCUAGAGAAGGAAGCAAAUUAGAUAAUAGAAGUAAAUUAGAAGUUGUUUAAAGUUGCAUGCUAUUUCUAAAUCAUGAAAGAAAAAAUUUGGGUUUCAUGUCCCUUUAACUUAACAGUGGAGUAUAGACGCUAACUCUCACUUUCCUCACAGAUGUAUUUUAUUUCUAGUCUGUAUUUUCCACCUCCACUACUUAAAGUGUCACAAUGUUUGAGAUAUCCACAUGCAACAUUUUGUAUAUUUGUUGGAGUAGUACAGUAUAGUACUUAGAAUUUUUCUUAAUCUAAUUAGUUAAAUGAAAAUUGUAAAGGGUUAUAAAUAAUGUUAUUUUAAACUUAUAUAUCCCCUUGUGAUGACUAAAUUAUUGGUAUUCCGCAAGCUUCUUGCAAAAGUGAAAUUUUUUGACACAAUGCCUUCAACAUGUGGAAGAACCAACACUUCACCUUCAACCUUCAGUUUUUAAGAUCAGAUAUGGCAUUGCCCGAUUUGUAAAAUCAGAGUUUUUAAUAGAUAUACAAUUUAAGGGACACAACUGUAAAAGCUUUAUCCCAUUAAAAGGCCAUUGUAGUGCGACUAGCUCUGCUGAUUGGAUCAGCUGUAGUUUCCGCUCAAGACCAGCAGUGCUCUGUGGGUCCUGUGCAGGACUUUUACCCCUUAGUGGGGGUUAAACACAUAGCAUUACAGGAUUGCUAGUGUUAAAAUUACAUGAUCUGAUGGAUUAGAGCUCCUUAUUUUAACACUAAUGACUUUUUAUUGUGUUUCUAAAGAUUGCAGAAUAUUAGAUGUAAUGGGAAGUUGUUCCUUUAGUUUUAUUUGUAUUUAAAAUAGCUAUUUUUGCUAUUCAAAACCACAACCCAUUACUCUCGAACACGUCCAUUCAAAUGAGACAUCUCUGCAGGAAAUGCUGAUUGCUUAACUUAUCUGUCUUUCUUUACACAAAAAAACAAUACUUAUGUACCGGAAUUUACAUUAUGGGUGGUAGUUUGAAUGCACUAAACCAGGUAUUUUAUUUUGAAACAUAAACUGAAAGAACCUUUUCAAAUACAUAUAAUUCUAUGCAGAGAAAUUAUAGUUUCCCUUUAAGGUUUACAUGUAUAUAUUUUAAUAAUCACAAAUAGUUGCUACUGUUUGAUUAAAAGAUGUGAAGCUUAAGUUUUUAAUUAUGUAUCGGUAUGACCUGAGUUUUGGGUCAUGUCUGUCUUUGUCAUAAAUUUCUGAUUUUUAUUUUGCAACAAGUGCAUCUCAUUCCAAAAUACAGUGUGUGUGUUAAAAAAUCUCCUAUUGGGCCACUCAGAUUGUUAGGCAUCUAAUUUUAAAGCUAGGGAAAAGGGUUAUACAGAGACCUUUUUGUAUUUCUGGCAAACUUGGUGACACAGUUUCAACAGUUAUGACUUAAUGUCUUGCCCCCAUUAUUUGACUGAUUCUUAGUUAAAAGUUCUAGAGUUUUUUAAUAUGGGUUUUACUUUUUUCAGUAAUUAUCAAACCAAAAAUACUGUUUUAUUUACUUUGAUUUCAAAGGAAGAAUUGUAUUAAUAACUUAAAACCAUACAAAAUCGCUUUGGUUUAUCCCGAAAUUUAAAAAAAAUUAAAAAAGGAAUAAAACAUUAAAUAAUUCAAAUACAUUUUGGGAACCUGAGUUUUUGGUUUCUGCUAUUUGAUGAAAGUAUGUUGUUUGGUUUUGUUUUUGUUUGUUUGUUUUGUUUUUUUAAUAAUUAAAACAAUGGGUUUUCCUGUUCUGAACACACAUCCACCCCCCCAUGUGAUAUUGUCCCUAUCUAUUCCCACAGUGCUCAUUUAAGCACACUUUAUUACAGACACCUCCUUUGGCAUUCUAUCAUAUUUCAGCUUUUUCCUUAGAUAUUAAAACUGCUCAGUAGUUUUCAGUUUGGACUAAUGAACAGUAUUGAAUUAAUUUUAACCUAGAAUGCAACAUAUUUGAGUACAGCUGACACCUAGGAUGGCCAGCAAGUGGGAAAACAACAAAUGUCAAAGAAUGUGUAUAACUAGCUGAAGCUAAUAUCUUGGAAUCUAAAGAGAUACUGCACUAUACCUAGAGUAUCUCACUUGGGGGCCUGAUGAUCGAAUGCUCUCCACUCUGGUAAGAACGCUUGUCAGUACUGUGAGGUCCCUCAAAGUAUUUUGUAAUUGCAAUUACUUUACCUUCUGAGCUGUUUUUAUUGCUAUGCAGGGUUCUGUAUGUGAAGGAAAGGCAACUCCAAAAAAAGGUGCCAUAAAAUUUGCUUGAUUUGUCUCCAUGCUGGCUGGUGGGGGGUGUUUGAUUUUUUUUUUAUUUUUUAAAUCAUGCUUUAUUGAAAAAUACAAAUACACAGUUUUUACAUAUAGUACAGACGGUUCCACUUUUUAACACAAAUUAACAAUACAAAUAAUUAGUCAAGCUCCAUGAAGAUAAGCAGCAUAAAGUUACAAAAUCCCUACAAGAAAAUAUAAAACCAAACUUUAUAUGGCUAAAAAAAUCGUGCUAUGAACUUUGGCAGUAUAUUCUUUCCAAGUCUGCUGUAACAAAUUGUACAUUUCCAUAUUAUCAUAUUUUUAAUAAUAAAAUUCCUCUAGAACAACAAA